CGAAAUAACAUUGAUCUGAAAGCGUUUCGUACGCGAUUCAUUAUUCUAUCGAGUUCUUCGUUUAACACUGCUUCGCAGUGUUCUUCCUUCUCAAAAUCCAACAAAGAUCAAAGUUAUUCCUAAAGAACUCAAAGAUGACGUGUGGCGAUUCCGUAAGAGAUUUGAGUAGCAAGUUCUCGAAGUUAGAAAAGUUCGAAGGCCAGGACUUCCGUCGAUGGCAGAAGAAGAUGCACUUCCUUCUCACAACAUUGAAGGUCGUGUAUGUACUGAGCACGCCUAUGCCGCAGAUCAUGGAUGACGAUACACUGGAACAGACAAGGAAGCGGUGCAAGUGGGAGAACGAUGACUACAUUUGUCGAGGACAUAUUCUAAACGGUAUGUCUGACUCUCUGUUUGAUGUAUAUCAAAAUGUUGAAUCUGCAAAGUUGCUAUGGGACGGUCUAGAAGAAAAGUACAUGGCCGAGGACGCUUCGAGCAAGAAGUUCCUCGUCAGUAACUUUAACAAUUAUAAGAUGGUUGACUCUCGACCGGUCAUGGAACAAUACAAUGAACUGUUGAGGAUCCUGGGCCAGUUUGCACAACAUAACAUGGCAAUGGAUGAAUCCAUAUCUGUGUCUAGUAUUAUAGACAAACUGCCUCCUUCGUGGAAAGAAUGCAAACGUGAGUUAAAGCAUAACAAGGAGGAAAUGAAUCUGGUGGAACUUGGAACCCAUCUUCGGAUUGAGGAGUCCAUCCGAGAUCAAGAGGGAAAGAAGGUGAAGGACAUAGCCGGUCCAUCGUCCAUCAACAUGGUCAAAGACGAAGGUUUCACCAAAGUGAAGAAUAAGUCUAAGGGUAAAAAGCGCAAGUCCGGAAAUACACCCAAACCUGCAAAUAAAAAGGCUAAAAUGGGUUGUUGGAAGUGUGGAAAACCAGGCCACUUCAAGCAGUAUUGUCGGAUUGGCAAGCGAGACAAGGAUACAAGCAAGAAUGGUUCCGGUCAAGGAACCAAGGACCAAAACAAAUCAGAAGGAUGAUGACAUCUCUUGGUUGGUUGAUUCGGGGGCAACAUGUCACGUGUGCAAGGACAAAAGAUGGUUUAGUUCGUUAGAAUCAAUGGACUAUGGAUCAGUGUUGCGCAUGGGAAACAUAGCCACCGAACCUGUCAAGGGAAUUGGAAUAGUAAAACUUGUAUUCACUU